CACCCUUUACUCAUAUUCUUCAUUUCUGAUCAUAAUUGCCAAUUUGCCUUAUUCUCCUCAUCAUGGCUGCUACAACUCACAACCAACUCUCAAAUAACAGCGUAGAAAUCCCUAUUCAUGCAAAUGAUAUUAUGGACUCAAAACAUUGCCAGAAGAUUGAAGAAGGUGACAAUGUUAACUACUUUCAAAGGGCACAGUGGCUUCGAGCUGCUGUAUUGGGAGCCAAUGAUGGGCUUGUUUCUGUUGCAUCGUUAAUGAUGGGUGUUGGGUCCGUUAAAGAAGACAUUAAACCCAUGCUCCUUGCUGGUUUUGCAGGUUUAUUUGCAGGGGCUUGCAGUAUGGCAAUUGGGGAGUUUGUGUCUGUGUACACCCAGAGGGACAUAGAAGUGGCACAAAUAAAGAGAGAGAACUCAAUGAAAGUUGGUGGAGAGAAUGAAGAAGAGGGUCAGAAGGAGAACCUUCCAAAUCCUUUUCUAGCGGCUUUUGCAUCAGCCCUUGCAUUUUCAGUAGGGGCAGUAAUGCCAUUAUUGGCAGCUGCAUUUAUAAAGCCACAUAAAGUAAGACUGGGUGUCCUAGUUUUAGUGGCUAGCUUGGCCCUGGUUGUUUUUGGAAUUGUAGGAGCAGUGUUAGGGAAGACUCCAAAGGUGAAGUCUAGCAUUAGGGUUCUUGUUGGAGGCUGGAUGGCAAUGGCAAUCACCUUUGGGCUGACCAAAUUAAUUGGCUCCAAUGGACUACAAAUGUGAUUUCUGGGUUUUGACUUUUGUCCUCUUGUUGAUUGUAAACUUGUUUUCCUUUGGCUUCCACGUCCAAGAGUGAAGGUGUCAAUUGAGCUAAUCUAACUAGUGAUGUCUCUUAAGACUUUACUAAGCACCAGAUGGCUUUAUUCCACCUUCAACCUUUUGGUUGUGGUUCUUUAGAUAGAGGAAGAGCUACCCUCUUAUGUGUG